GUUCUUACUAAUUUUGAAUUUGACAUUUAACUGCUUGGAUCAGUUUUCAAAACAAAAAUUGAAGAUUCAAACAAGACCAUAAGAAAAUCGCUGAUGGAGUCAAACAAAAAGUGGAGGAGUUUUGAUUUUGGCCCCCCCCAUUCAAACCCAAAAACCCACAAUGUUUCUAAAAGUAAAACAGAAAAUGCUUCACCAGAGAAAACUACUGUAAACCAGAGUGUAACAUCUAACAAAUUGAUAUCUGACACAGUAUCUGGUAUUUCCAAAAUGCCAGCAUUUGAUUUCCAUCAAAAGUUGACUCCAAAAACUGUUAGCGAGUUGGCGGUACACCCAAAAAAGAUUCAAGAGGUGGAAAGUUGGCUACAGAGAUAUGUAGUUUCACCAGAACAAAAUAUGAAAAGAAGUCAAUUUUUGGUAAUAUCAGGCCCAACAGGAUCUGGCAAAACAGUUACAUUGAAUGUUAUCUGUAGUUCUCUGGGAAUAUCGGUAUCAGAAUGGGUGAAUCCCAUAGACCAAGAUUAUGAAAUUAAAGGCCAAAACCAAAUAAGUCAGUUCAUGGAAUUUUUAGGAGACUCAAAGUGGAAUUCACUGUUUGAUGAUUGUGCAAAAAAAAUUACACUAGUGAAAGAUUUCCCCAAUGCUGUGAUACAUAGACCUGAACAAUUUUUUGAUAUUCUAGAGUAUGUGUUCAUGAUAUAUUUUCCCAUUUAAGCCUUUGAUAUAAUUUCUGUUUUUAGAGAAUGUUCUUAUAAGACAGAUAAUCCAAUUGUGUUUAUAUGCACAGAUUCCAAUAGUAGUAAUAUUAAUUUAGUAAGGAUGCUGUUUCCUGAUGAUAUCAUGGCAAAGUACAGUAUAGCUCACAUAAGCUUCAAUUCCUCUGCUUCAACAUUGAUGAAAAGUGCCAUCAAAAGGGCAGCAGAGUUGAUAAAAGAGAGGACAGAUCUUUUUAAGCAACCUUCCCCAUCUACUGUUGAUGCUAUUAUAGCAUCCUCUAUGGGGGAUAUCAGAAAUACCAUGAACCAGUUUUACUUAGCAAGCUUAAAAGAUACUGGAGAGAUACCUACCAUCCAGAGUUUGAAAGAAUCUAAAGGUGUAAAAAGGAAAAAAGUGGAUAAGGACAGUAAACUGAAAGGGAUGUCUAAAGAUGAGACUUUAGGACUUUUCCAUGGACUUGGAAGAGUACUAUGCCCCAAAAGAGAAAAGGUGGGAAACUCCUGGAGGCUUUGCCACGACGUCGGAAAACUCGUCGACGAAUUUGCAAUCCAACCGUCCAUGUUUGUAUCCUUCCUCUUUGAAAAUUACCUAAACUACUUUGGGGAACUGACGGACGUAUUUCGCGCGUCCGAGAUACUCAGCAUUUGUGCGGUUUUGUUGGACAAAUGGUCAGGUGAUCACGAGGCUCUGAUUCCGGCCCUGUGGACGGCAGUUUUAGGACUUAUGGUCUUCAAUGAACAUAAGGUGUCCAAGUGGAACCAGAUCAGGGGCCCAGUAAAACUGAACAAAAGCACUCAGAGGUCUGAAGCUGCAUCUGGACUUUGUCCCACCGAUUACUAUUAUUAUAAUGUUGUGACAAAAUCCAGUAAAUUUCAUAAGUUUCAAUUUGAUUGAUUAUUGUUCGCGGAAGUUGUAAAUAAACAAUUUGUUACUA